UAUAUUUUAUAUUACUUUUGGUUGUUUGUGCACUCAGUAAUGAAAAGUGUAAUAAUAUUUGUUUAAAAGCCUAAUAAUAUCAUGAUUUUUGGUACAUCAUCUUGAUUCAAAUUAUGCCUGUGUAAUGCUAGAAAACAUUUCUUUGUGUGUCAUCAAAAUCGAAAUCGAUUUGGAAGCCAGCGCAGAGUCAGAGGGCGCCGUUUCCUCGGAGCAUCCAACCAAUCCGCGUGUGCAAAAGGAGCGAGAACGUGAUCGUGGACUUCGCCAGACUCGCGACAUUGUCAUUGAGACCUACUCGAAUCAACGUUGGACACACGAAUUGAGCACGGAAUCGGGAUCAGAGAUUGAGAGCAACAAGAUGAACUGGGCUGCUGCACUGCAGCAGCAUACCAAUAGCCCCACGGCCGGAAGCUCUCGUGAGACGACUCCACGCAGUGGCGAUGACUCACAGAUGGGUACAGCCUCGAAUUUUCCAAAGGAAAUCGGCUACUUCUCGGGUAAUCCCAUUGUUGAGGUGACCAAAGGCAUCAUUCAUCUGUACAAGAAGAAUGAACGCAAGGCCAUAAAGGAGGCGCCAUCGAAUCAAUUGUGUCUUCUGGCAGUGCCGGCGACUUUAAACUGCCAUGAUUUGCUUAACUUUAUCGCCCCAUGUCAUGCCGAGAUCAGGCAUGUGCAAAUUGUGCGGGAUGGCAGUCCCAAUCAAUUUAUGGUGCUGUUAGAAUUCCGUUCGAACGAAGCGGCGCUGGAAUUCUAUAAAUCCUACAAUGGCAUUGCCUAUAACUCACUGGAGCCGGACUCACUUUGUCAUGCUGUCUGGGUGUCGGAGGUGGAGCGCGGGGAGCAUGGUCUGCCACCGUUGGGACACACUGAGCUGCCCACGUGUCCAGUGUGCUUGGAGCGCAUGGACGAAAGUGUUGAUGGCGUCUUAACCAUUCUGUGCAAUCACGCUUUCCACGCCAGCUGCCUGAUGAAAUGGGGCGACUCGACAUGUCCAGUGUGCCGUCAUGUGCAAACUCCCGAACUCGUCGAGGAUUCGGUGUGCAUGGAGUGCGAGGGCACAGAUUCGCUCUGGAUUUGUUUGAUAUGUGGGCACGUGGGCUGCGGUCGUUAUCAGGGUGGUCAUGCGGCAGCUCACUAUCGUGCCACAAAUCACACCUUUGCCAUGCAGCUGGGCACGUCGAGUGUGUGGGAUUAUGCCGGCGACAACUUUGUGCAUCGCCUGUUCCAAAAUAAAUCAGAUGGCAAGCUUGUCGCCUCCCAAACGGAGAAGGAUGAGCGCGAAGAGAAGAUCGACUCGAUGCAAAUGGAGUUCACAUAUUUGCUAACCUCACAGCUAGACACGCAGCGCAAGUACUACGAGGAGCGCAUGGAACGACUGGAGCAGGAGUGGCAGAAUUUUAAGACCACUGCAAAUGAAACCAAGUCAGAGAUGAGCGAGCUCCAACAGCAGCAACAGACUAUGCAGAAGGAGAAACAGAAUCUGGAACGGAAACUGGCAAAUCAUACAACAAAGCUCAAGGAAAUGCAAAAGCAGCUGACUGAGGAGCGUGAGUUGUCGAAGGCCUUGCAGACCAACCAAAGCUCCUGGCACAUCAAAUACAAGAGCCUGGAGCAGCAGUACAACGAGUUUAAGCACAAUCACGACAAAGAAGUCACUGAUCUCCAGGAACAGCUGCGGGAUGUCAUGUUCUUUCUGGAUACCCAACAAAAAAUGGCCAACACAGAGCUAUCGGGCGCCUCAAUCACCGGCGUCAGCGACAAGGAUCCGGAUACCAGCUCGCGACGUGGCAAUCGCCGUAAGAAAAAGGAAUAAACAACACAGAAAUAAGUCUGCUCUAGUUAAACAUUUAAGCGUAUUGAUUAACACAAUAAAAUGAUCGUAGAAUUCGAUGUUCGAAUUUAAGUUAUAAAGUUGGUUCCACUCGAUGUGUCUUUAACCACUCCCAAGUUUAUUUAUUAUUUGAGAACGCAACAACACUAACAAAAAC